AUGUUGGCGACAGAAUCUAUCAGAUGCCAAGAGGCUCAACAGCCAGGGGCAUCUGCUACAUCGGCUGCAUCUGAGAGAGUGUCUAAUCCACAGACAGAAGAUCUCAAGGCUCUUAAAGAGAAACAAUUUCUAACAAUUCUUAAAAAUUAUUACCAAGCCACAGAUCCACAUUCCAUCAAAGAGUGGAAUUGGUUUAUAGCAUACUUAAAAGAAAUGAGGACCAUCAUUACUGGUGUCUCUGAUGGAAGUUUGGUGAUAACAGUAAAAUGUGAAUCUCUAAUGAUCUUGGAGGAGUUUUGGACAGAUUACUCAUCUGGUCAUCUUGGUGAAGUGGUUCAGAAUUGUUUUGUAACUGAAAAGAUCUUGAAGGAACUGAACCUGGCUGAGCUGAGGCUGAAGACAACAAUUGACAUAGAAGAGUACAAUGCAUGCAAAAUGUUCUUUGAGAAAGAUGCACCUAAAGGUGCUUUAUCCUCUGAAUUCCACUCCACAAGUUCAACCAGUGAAAGUCCACAAAAAAAAGAACAAUGGGAAAAAAGUGAACAGAAGACAAAGAUUAUGGAGACAGCGAAAUUGGAAGGUACUUCACCCCUCACUGUAGUACCCACCACUGGUCAUGGAAAAGAAUUAGAAGAGCCUUGGGGAAGGAAAGACAAAGGAAACAUGCCCGCAUUAAUUGGAAUCCUACUUGAUGUCUCCGGAUCCAUGAAGCGUAGCAUUGGAAGUGGUAUUGAUGAUAACGGAGAACCGUGGGCUCGUUCGAUCUUUGAGGUCAUUGACAACCUUAUCAAAUACGAUGUUUCCACUGACAACCACGUUUUUGCUGUUGGCUUCGGGGCUAACGAAGGUGAGCAAAUAUUCGACAUCCUGGGAACCCUUGAACGUAUUCACCUUCAUAACCAAGCUUUCGAUAGAAAUGACAAGCCCGUCACACGCGGCCACUUAAAUGAAAUUUUUAAAAUACUGGAGAAGGCCGGGGCCCGUUACAUCCGCAAAUGGUUAGACGUGGAAGUCGCCAGAAGCGUAAUACCGGAUUACACAGCUGAUUUAUUACUAAGAAAAUGUCAGUCUGACCAGUCAUUUGCACGUAAAUUCGUCAUGGAGUUUCUACCACCAGCUUGCCGUGAUUGGCAUACAGAGGAUAAUCCACUUCUAGGCCUCGUAGAAACAGUGGCUACCUCUGUCGUGACGACGUUUAAAAGAGCUACAACAGAAGACGUCAAAGAUGUAAUUGACAAGGCUGCACCACAUUUGAUGAAGAGAAGUGUAGGAGAAGAUUCCAUUUUCAAUGUGCGCAAAGCCUCAGAUAUUUUACAUGGAUGUUUCGAUGAAGAGGAACUCUCAAAGGAAAGGAGUCGAGAAUUAUUACGAAGAAUCGAGCCCUACAUCUACGGUGGAACGCCUUUGUAUGAGUCAAUUGAAAGGGCCACAAACCUUAUGAGAACCAGUGAGGUUUCAAGUCAUGAAAAGGUCCUAUUUGUCCUAUCAGACGGAAAGCCUGGAGACGGAGCUAUUGAUGAUCACUGGAGAAAAUCAGAAACCUUCUCAGGAUUGAAGGAUGCCGAGGUGAACGUAGUGAGCUGCUUUGUCACUGACUCCACAACGAUUGAGCCCAGACGACUGUACAGUGAGAUGAAACCUGACUGGCAUGAGGGUGCACAGUUCCUGUUCUCACUGAGCUCAAUAUUCACCACGCAGUCGAUACCACGCACCAUGUUUGUUAAACGUGAUUGGUCCAUUGAGGUUAAAAACAAUGAAACACGUUUGUUCCUGCAGGUCAAUCAUCCCGACCACCUGCGAGACGCUUGCGACCUGGCUCGAGAUGUCGUCUGUUCUCAAGAGGUGUUGUCCGAUUUGCUUGCAGACGUCGACCUCGAUGACUACAUAAACCAGUCAGUAAGAGAUUAUGAAGCACAAGAAAAGCAAGAAGGAUGCACCUGCUUUGCACAUGCAUCAGCUACAGUGCUUCAUUUGACUAUGAACCGAAUUUAUGGUGGCCACUACCAACAACAGCGCAUUCCAACUUUCAAAGAAUUAAAAGAUGAAAUGAUCGGCAAGUUUGGGAAAGAAGCCUACAGUAUCACAAAAGUACUGGAUGAAAUGUGCAAGAAGUACCACUUGCGUUACAAGCCAGUUGACGUCAAAGGUGCAAUGGAAGCAGUCGCUUCAAGCCGACCAGUGAUUGCAACAUUUAAGCUUACCCGCAAAGAGUGGGAUAGGUUUAAAGAGUUCUUCAUAACUAACGGCAAAGGUAUUUUGACAAAGAAAGAGAUCAAUGUAGCCCGUCCUUCAAAUCCCAAAGGGUUUGGCCACGCAGUAGUUUUAACCAGUUUCAACAGCGAAUAUUUGAGACUGUUGGAUUCCAGGGGAUCCGACUGGGCAGACAACGGCUUCAUUAAAGUGCAGAACGCAGAUGUUCUUGGAUUUAAGUUUUAUGAUGUCUACUGGGAAAUUGAAGAUCUGAACGAAAAAGAAAAGACCUCUUUCAAGGAACUUGGAUCCAAGCGUGCCAAAUGGCUAAUGGAAACUUUGCCGAGUCUUCAGCGAGAUGAUUACACCGUGAAAUGUCCCAUAUGCCGAGUGGAUUCACCUGUCAAGGAUUUCACUGGAAAUUUGCUGCAAGCAAAGUGUCCUAAAUGCAAAAAAGCAUUUGAACUAAAAGAUGUCCCCAAAGGGAACAUUUUGGCUCUCAAUAUAUAUCUUACUUCCUUAAGCAAAUAACUUUUAAGUCCUUAUAUAUCUCACGCUAAUUCAAGAGUAUUUAGACAUCUUAGCACGAGGAGAGGAUCUCCUCCAUGGCACAAAUAGGUAUAUUCAAGUAUCGAAUCAAAAGUAGCCGACAUCUUAGCUGAUUGACAAGAGGUGUCCUAAAGAAAGAAGUUUUAGCACGAACCGAGGAAUCAGGUCUUAACUUCAGAUUUCGCAGAAAUUUAUGAAUAGUUCUUGAAAACUACAAAUAUCAAUAUAGGCUAAAAAGCAUAUGAUUAAGGGUAAUUAGAAAAAGAGGUUAGUUUUUGCGGAAUGAGAUACCCAAGGACGCUUUACCAAAGGAUGAAGACAUCUUGUAAUAAACACCAUGCUCAAUUUAGUUUCAAUCUGGGUGAAAAUUUCAAUGUUUGAAAUUUUUGCGCAAUGAUUACGUCAAUUCUUGUGAGAAAAAUUCUACAAUUCACCAUUCAAAUAUUACAUUAAAACUUUUCAUUUGUUCUUACACUGUAGGUACAACUAUGGAAUAUACUAUACACUGUAGGUAUGACUUUUAUACCGGCUUUUAGAUAACGGAAAGGCCGGUUUAGACGUGAGCGGGACAGCCUGAUUCCAAUAAUUUAAAUGAGACUGUUAACUUUUCAAUAAACACGUAAUGUACCGACUUAAGUUUACGAGAGUUGAGUAUUAAGUACUAAAGCUACUCGAAAUAUAAUUCUUAGGA